CAAGUUUAGCUAAACAAUACUCAACCACAUUAGAGACUGCUUCUACAAGCACAUCUGGUGCUUUCGCUACAAUCUGUGAUCCACAAAGCUCAGAACAUAAUGCAAAAAGAAACAAAGGAGCUAAAAACAAGUCGAAGGAGGGUAAAUAUGAGAUAUUAAAGGAAGGAGAAAAAAUAGUUGAAGAGUGGAUCGAUUGGGGAAAUAAACCAGCAUGGUCUUUGCUGGCCAAA